CACGACGUUCCGAACACCCAGAAGACUUCACUAGACGACAAGAUAGCACGUACGUCCACUGCGGUGGGUCAUACAGACUCUGGAGGUGGAGGCUGCCAGGAUUACCCGGCCAUAGAGACAACUAGGGACUGUAGGACCGAUGAGAGUACCCCCAUAUCAUUUGAAGACAGACGGAAAUCUCAAAAUCGAGCAGCGCAGCGUGCAUUCGUCGAACGCAGAAAACAGCAUAUACGUCACCUUGAAGCCAAAGUUUCAGCAUUAGAGUGCAAACGAAAUGCUCUUCAGGCUGAAAAUGAACAGCUGAAAUACAAUUUAGGACGGAUCUGCGCUGACAAUGAGGCCUUACGCACUGCAUCCAUGCAAUCUGACAUCCCCUCGCAGCAAGAGACAAUCGUCAGACCUGCCGCAAAUGCUGCUCCACUGGGGCGUGGAAGCAGAGGUUUUCACUAUAACAUGCAACAUCUAUCCGCCAUCACGGAUGUGAAGUUCACCGAUCGGAAACGAGCUACCUGUAUCCGGGCAGGGGUCAGUAGCAUCCAGGCCACUGCCGCCUGGUUCCUUCUUCAAUCGCAUCCGCUUGUACAGCAAGGAAUCAUUGACAUUUCU